UGAAGAAGUUCCACAAAAGCACUCUCAACAGAAAAAUUUUGACGUCCUCGUGAGAUCUAAAUCCAGGUGGACCGCAAUCUAAACUAAAUCUAAGGAUGAAGAGACGAAGAUCAAGUUCUACUAAACUACUGAGAUCUAAACUGGAUCACAACUUGAAAUAUAUUCGAAAGCGAUCCUGAAGUUACUUACUAGGAAUCGUUCUAGCAUAUGCCCAUCUGAAAGGCGAACUACUAUCUGGGCCUGUGAUCAAAAAAAUUGAUUGAAAUGACUAAACUGUACGUACUUUUUGGAUUGAAAUGACUAAAAAACUGUACGUACUCCUGCUGGAGAAGCAAUAUGCCUAUCAUCUGAUUCACUAAAAAAUGACAGGGAAACGAAGUCCUUCUCGAAGAGGUCUUAUCGUUGAGAAAAAGAAGGCCGAAAAAUGAAGUUCUCCUCUACCGUCUCUUCUAGUCGGCGUACGUGCCGCAAGAACCACUUCAAUGCGCCGUCUCACAAGCGCCGCAUCAUCAUGAGCGCCCCGCUCAGCAAGGACCUUCAGCAGAAGUACAACGUCCGCUCCCUGCCCAUCCGCAAGGAUGACGAAGUCCAGCUCAAGCGUGGAUCCGAUAACGGACGCGAAGGAAAGGUAUUCCAGUUGAUUUUUUAGAUGGACGUUUUUUCUGAUUGAUGCAAUUUUGAUCCGUCGGAGUAAAUUCGGAGUCGUAUACAGUGGCAAUUACCAGCCGAGUUUCCAUUUUGGGUUUCUUAGAACAACGAGUUUAGGCUAGGCAUGCAACGACGUCAGAGUCCAUAGAAGCAAUAGCAAAUCAUAAAACGUGCGCUUGGUCUUCCAACAGCAUCUCAUAAACCCUAUUAUCUUCGCACAUAAAAAUCCACACAGGUCACCGGUGUCUUCCGCAAGAAGUGGAUCAUCCAGGUCGAGCGUAUCCAGCGUGACAAGGGUAAUGGUCAGACUACUUUGAAGCCGGUCCGUCCCUCCAAGGUCAUGAUCACCAAGAUCAAGCUCGACAAGGACCGCAAGGCCCUCUUGGAGCGCAAGGCCCGUAAGUAAUUUGCUUCUACUUGCUAUGCGGAUUCCUGAGGAGAUCUAAGCACUAGCAGCUACUUCUGGCGAACAGAUUGGGACGGCGACCACAACUAGUAGCAAGAGGCGAGGAGUUGUAUGAGAUCGACCUGAUGAUCAGAAGUAGGGAAGUGGUGUCGCAGAGACGAGGAGAAACUAUCAAGGGCUUUUUGUUGGCUAAACGUCGAUGGGGGGCAUACCUUUGUGCUCUUGAACGCUUCUGGAAGUGAUCAUUUGACACUAUGUUGACAAGAAUUUCAGUAUAUACCUUCAUUUGACGUGAGCUAAUCCAACGAUAAAGAACAAAGGCCCA